GUAUAUUAUUCGCAGAAUAAUUCCCGAAAUAUAGUUUUCGGCGGGCGCACUUUCAGUUAUUUUCGCGAUCGCGAGACAGCGAAGAGCGUCCAGUUAUUUUUCGAUAGAUUUACACUAAAUAUUCAUCAUGGCAGAUGUUUCUGGUGUGACAGAAUUAUUAGCAAAAACAUCAGUGGACCAACUCAUAGAAGUGUCAUUCUCUGGAAAAGGACUGAAGCUGAAUUCUGCAGAAGAUGCCAAGGAAGUUGUUGCAGCAAUAAAAACCUGUGAUGGGAUGCAGUCAUUGAAGCUGAAUGGCAACACAGUUGGUGUGGAGGCUGCGAAGGCACUCGCGAAGUCACUUGAAUCUAAACCAGAGUUUCAGAGGGCGAGAUGGAGUGACAUGUUUACAGGGAGGUUACGAGCUGAAAUACCCCCAGCAUUGACGAGUCUUGGCGCCGGCAUCAUGACAGCGGGGGCUCACUUGGUGGAGCUGGACCUGAGUGAUAACGCGUUUGGUCCCGACGGAGUGAAGGCUGUAAGGGAAUUAUUAGAGAGUACAUCCUGCUACACUCUCAGUGAGAUGAGGUUUAAUAACAAUGGUCUGGGCAUUGGUGGAAAGUUAAUGGCAGAAGCCUUGAUCACAUGUCAUGAGAAGAGUACUAAAGCAGGCAAACCUUUGGCUCUCAAGGUCUUUAUAGCGGGAAGAAAUAGGCUAGAGAACCCUGGGGCAAUUGCAUUAGCUAAGGCAUUCAAGACAAUAGGAACAUUAGAAGAGAUUGCCAUGCCUCAGAAUGGUAUCAACCAUGAAGGUGUAACAGCGCUUGCAGAAGCAGUAGAACACAGUCACAAUCUCAAGAUCCUGAAUUUAAAUGACAACACAUUCACAGCAAAGGGAGCGAUACCAAUGGCAAAGGCUGUAAAGAAUCUAAAGAAGUUAGAAGUGAUUAACUUUGGUGAUUGCUUGGUGAGAUCAGAAGGAGCAGAUGCUAUUGCAGACAGUCUGAGGGAAGGAGUACCAAAUCUCAAGGAAUUGAAUCUGGCAUUCGGUGAGAUUAAGAGUGAAUCAGCUGUCAGAGUAGCCGAGAGUAUGGACACCAAACCACAUCUUAAAUUGCUGGACCUCAAUGGGAACAGUAUAGGAGAAGAAGGCAUAGAGUUAAUACAAGGAAUCAUGGAUGCUAACAACCAUGCUGAUGCUCUAGGAACCAUGAGCGACGACGAAGGAUCGGAUGAGGAAGAAGACGACGACGAUGACGAGUACGAAGAUGUGGAGGACGACGAGGAUGGCGAAGACGAGAAAGGAGGACUGGAAUCCAAAGAUCCUCAUCUUCAAAUCAAAGGAACAGCCAUCUCACCAAGGAGAGAGGAACCAAAGUAUAUGAUCCCAGUCACGGCAGCAGACUUUCUAGCCUUCCCCACUGCCGAUAAGCUACAAGCUCUAGGGAACCAGCGUGCAGAGAAGAUACUUCAGGAGCUAGGGGAUGAGGUUUACGAGGAGUCGGCUGGUAUCAAGGCAUUCGUGAAGAUCUCGUCUGUGAUGGACCAGAAGAAUAAUAAUGUCAAAAAUGCAGUCUAUCAAUGCGCAGAUGCCAUUUUGAAGAAGCUGUUUGAUAAAUGCAAAGCUGAAACUGUUGUGAAUUCUGUUCUUGUUCAUCUGGGUCUAAUCAAGGGAGAAGAGAAACUGAAGCCAGUUGGGGAUCCCUCAGGGAUGCUACUGACCCUAGAACACGCCGUCAAACAACACUACUAUCCCAAGAGCACAGUGCAGAUCUUCCAGGCUUUCCUGUUAAAACCUGAUAAUAGGAUCGAUAGAUGCGUCAAAGAGAAACAUCUUCUGCUCCAAGCACUCUUUCAAAUUUGAACAGCACUGUUUACUGCAUCUCGAUAAUUGACGCUGUGGACUCUAUAUUAAAACCUUGUAAUGGGAGAUACAAUACAUUCUGCAUUGUUUUGUCCCAAGAAUAAGUUUUCUUUUUGAAUAUUAAAGCAAUCUUUUUUCUGUUCAUCUUGGAUCAUGGCAUGAUUUAUUUGAUUCAAAGGAAGGACUGAUGAUUUUUUGCUGUUGGAGAUCUUAUGCAUUGACGUCAUUGCGGUGCGCCGUCGUCUUAGAGGCUGUAGCGAUUGCCUUGCAUUCAUUGGAAUCUUCGGCUGGCGCAUCUCUGACAACUCCAUUUACGCGUAUUCCUAUAUCCUCUGAGGGAGGGCGCUAUGAUGAGAUUAUGAUGUCAUAUGCAAAAGGUCUAUUGCUUCACCUCGUUGCCUUGGAUGUGGUUGUCAUGGUGAUUUAUUAUUGCUUUCGCGAGAUGAUUCUACAAUACUCUUCAAAGUAGAUGAACUUCAGAGUUGAUGAACUUUAGUGAUAUUGAAGAACGACUGUCCACUUUUCAAGCAUGUUUUUUUCUAUAUUUUUUAUGAAAUGGAAGUGUUGAUUGCUUGUGAAAGAUAAUGCAUUGUUUUUGUUAAGUUUACCUAAAUUCUAUUAUCUGGAAUAAGAAGGGGUAAUAUACCCAGGGGCGGAUCCAGGAUUUUCCAAAAGGGGGCACAUUUUCCCUAUGGAAAUUUGUAACCUAUAAAACAUGUAAAAAAUGUACCAAGAAAUAAUUUAACGGAUCAACAGGAAAUGAUGCAAAAAAAAUAGAAUGUUGCAGAGGCAAAAGCCAUUUUUUAAUCACCUGCCUGUGAAACUUGUCGACCAACCAACUUCAAGAGUGAAGCCCAAAAUGGAUUCUAUCUUGCACAGACUAUAUUUUCAUGACAUAGCAUUGUAACGUAUUGAGUUUAUUCACACAUCUUGACAAUGUUUUAUUUGCGGGGUUGUUAUGUAAUGUAUAUGUGUAUAAUGUGUAACACAUCUUUUUAUAAUGAAAAUGGUAUUGUGAAAAAAAAUCUCAAAAUGAGUUCGAACAAAAUCCAAUGAAAUGACCAGCUAAAUUAUUUGUAUCUAUAAAUAAAAAUUUGUGCCAAAUGUAUAUGGUAGAAAAUGUGUCGCUGCUGAUAAACUCAAAGUAAGCAUGGCAUGUCAGCAAGGUCUAGGGUCUUUUUCCAAGCAAAAGUAAUACACUGUCUGUGUAUUGGCCAUGCUGUUCAGUCAUUGUGAUCGUUUUUCGGUUUAGAUGUGUAAUUUCACCAAGUAAAAUGUACCAGCUAUAUGAUGACAUGGUGACAAUCAACUUUGUUAGUUGAAUAAAAUUAUCAUGAAAUCAUUAUUUGCAGCAAUUGCAUGUACAUCAGCUUUAGGUGUACAGGUAACCUUGCCGGUAUUCAGUUGGAAGUAUUGAUUUUGUAAGUUUUUUACAUAUACUGGUGUUCAGAUCAUGGGCCCGUUUCAUAAAGGACUUGCAACUGUUGUAACUUUGCCAUUAUGGCAACUGCCAUGGUAUUGAGUUGCCAUUAUGGCAAAGUUACAACAGUUGUAACUAUUUAUGAAACGGCGCCCAUAUCUAUAAAGUAAAUUCUUGUGACAAUCAACCUUGCUAGUUAUAUAAAAUUAUCAUGAAAUCAUUAUUUGCAGCAAUUACAUGUACAUCAGCUUCAGGUGUACAGUGAAUGUGGCAUUAGUUACCAGGGCGGUAUUCAGUCAGAAGUACUGAUUUUACAAGUAUUAUACUUGGCUAAGCAAAAUGCGUGAACUUGUAUUCAGAUCACAUGUUAUGCUAUGGCCACAAAUAUCUUUACAAACACUGUACAAAGGAUUCUUAUACGUAGCUAUAAGUGGUAUGAAAUCGUUCAUAAAGGUAUUUGUGACCGUAGCAUAAGUAAUUCUAGUGACAUCAAAUCUAAUGUUGGAGAAAAUAGGAAUUAUAGGAGAGGUGAAUCUGAAAAAUUGCUGUAACUUCUGCACACUUGAGCUGGGAAAUGGCUAUAAAUCGGAAUAGAUUUUUGUAUAGGGCCUAAAGAUCAGAUAGUGAAAGGAAUUAUGUUAGCAAGUUUACCAUACUCUUUAAUCAUCUGUAAAGAACUCUUCUACACCCACCUUCAAAUGUACUGUUUAAAAAGUAUUUUGAAUGAGUAAAGUGCUACGAAUAUGAUUGCAAUUUUCUUUUUCUCUUAGCUUUUCUGUCUUCUUCAAAGUACAUAUAGGGACACAUUUGAUAAUGAUAAGCGCUAAAGCAUGUUGAUAUCAUUAUUAGUCAAAAUGCAAAGUUGAUUCAUCUUUGAAAUUACUUUAAGUUACAAAUAAAUGGCUAGCUUAUUUCUUCUCUUUUUUUCAAUAAUUAAGGGAAGAUGCACAAGGGCUAUCAAGGGCAAUUUGGCCCAAAUAAAUGUAACCUUGGUGAAUUGUUUAGGUUAAAACUGAAAUAUAAUUAUAUGUAAUGUAAGGUAUGAAUAGAGGGUUGGAACCCCCCCCCCCCCCCACCAUGCAAAAAAGAAAUAAAAAGCAUUGAUCCCCCAACCCUGGCAGAGUAACUAAAUGCCGAUUACAGUAUUCUUUUGUAAUGCAGUGUAGCCAGAGAUAUAUAUAUUUUGUUUCAGCCCCAAGUUACAUGCUUAUGUGGAGUGCUGACUUGGAUCAAUUAUCUGUGUAGUUUUAUUUUAAUACUUGUAAAUAAUGUAAUUUAGUGUAAUGAUGGUUUCAUUUUGAGGGUGAGAUUGUCAAGUUGCUACAUGUUCUGUAUAGAAAUAAAGUGAUCCAAUUGUAA